CGUCGACCGAAGAGGACGUUUUUACGCGGCACGCGCAUUUAUGAUUUGGUGUAUUUAUAAUUUCCGCUUGGGAAUAUUGAAUUUAUAUGAAAAAAAUGUGCCGAUAUUGUAAACCCAAGUAUUUAUAUAUUGUCCAAAAGUGUUAAUUUUCCAUUAAAUCGUAAAGCAUAAAUUACCGACUAAUGAACGGUUAAUUUUUUGUUGUUUUUAUUGAACGCACAACGGUUUUUGUUCUUACGCUCUCAUACACACGCACAAAUACAAUCGCACACAGUUUAAAAGGAAUUAAGAAAAGGUGGAAAAGGGAAGUCGAUCAAAACAAAGGUUGAAAUUGAACGUCAAACGUCUGUCUGCAGUAUGUUUGAAUUAGAGGAUUAUUCAAGCAAUAUACAUGAAGGUUUCUUCAGUAAAUAUGCGGAUGCGGCUGGGCCUUCAUUGGACUUUUAUGUGUCGGAUUCCAUGCAGGAUAUGCUGGAUGUGGACAUCAGGGCAGAGAUUGCCAACGUCGUGGGCAGCUCCAGUGAGAUGAGUUCGCUCGAUUAUGCCCUAGAGUCCAUUUCGGCCAUCAACAACAGCAGUACUAAUACAGCCAACAGCUUGUCCUCUUCAUCGUUAACCCACAAUGCGAAUGCAACUCUGUUAGCCAGCAAUGCGUUGCAUGCGUCGCCCACAGCCAAGUGGAUGGGAUCAUGCGCAAAUUUUUGGUCAACCACUGAUUACUAUGCUGAUGUGGGUGCCUGUGUGAAUCCCAUUUCUGUGAUGCCUUUAAUUAACUCGAGCACUAGCUCGAGUUCGAUGUUGGCCUCCGGAUCACCGCAAAAAACCCGAGCUGCUGGUCUGUCCUCGACACAGGGCAGAGGGGGCUCUGCAUCAGUAAUUGUUCCACCCGCUUCACCAUGCGAUCAGCAUAAAUCGCAUUUGACCUUCUCGCCAGCACAGAUGAAGGUCAGCGCUGGAUCCUUGCGCAGAGAGCAAGUUAUGGCCCACAUACCGAAACAGAUCCCCUCUGCCUUGCCCAUUGCAUCAUCGCCUGUAAUUGCACCGACAACCACGGCAACCAUGACUGGCCUGCUGCAACGACGUAACUCUCCGGCCGUGGAUGCGGUGCGCAAGGAUCUGGGCACGGAAUUGCGUAAGGUUCAGGGAUUACAGUCGAGCGUGGACGAGACAAAGAGCACUUCCAAAAGUAGUAAUAGUCUGCUCACCUCCAGUGGUGUCUCGAACACCAUAAAACUGGGACCCGGCAUUGGUGGAUUAACCUUUGCCAACAGCGCCACUUACAACAAACUGAAGCAGCAGACUUGCAGUAAGUCACCUAGUGGGGCGCCACUCACAUCAAAUGGCAAUAUUUUGCUUAAGCGCGAUCGAGAGGCGAGUCAAUUGCAAAACAUGACAACGCUGCACGCCGGGGCCGUGGCCAAGCGAGGCAGUGCACCUAAGAGCAUCGCGUCAGCAGUACACUCACCGACCUCUGGCUGUACUGUGGGUCGACCUGCCACAUCGUCGUCACCGUUGUCCCUAACGCCUUUGGGUAAUAGCAACAGCAACAUCAUUAACAAUGGCAACAUCCAUACCAAUCCCAUUGCUAAUGCCAGCGUUAAGGCAAUACAACAGAAAACGAAGCAGUCAGCGUUGAGCAGCGUAUUUCCAAAACCCGCCUAUUCCUAUUCAUGCCUCAUUGCGCUGGCGCUGAAGAAUUCACGUGCUGGCUCUCUGCCCGUCUCGGAGAUUUACAGUUUUCUGUGCCAGCAUUUUCCAUAUUUUGAGAACGCGCCGAGUGGUUGGAAGAACAGCGUUCGUCAUAAUUUGUCGCUCAACAAGUGCUUUGAGAAAAUUGAGCGUCCAGCAACAAAUGGUAAUCAGCGCAAAGGCUGUCGUUGGGCUAUGAAUCCCGAACGGAUCUGUAAGAUGGACGAGGAAGUACAAAAAUGGUCACGUAAGGAUCCCGCUGCAAUUCGCGGUGCAAUGGUUUAUCCGGAGCAUCUUGACGCCUUAGAGCGUGGGGAAAUGAAGCAUGGCUCAGCCGAUUCGGAUGUAGAGUUAGAUUCACAAUCUGAGAUCGAGGAAUCAUCCGACCUGGAGGAGCAUGAUUUUGAUGACACUCUAAUCGAUGCUAUGCUUGUCGAAGAGGAAGAGAACGAUGAUGUUGACUGGGCAAAUAGCGAGGAUGAGGAUCACGCCCAGGACGAGCACGUGGUACAUGAGUAUGAGCAAAUAAAUCAAUUAAGCAAUCAUCUGCCAAACAAUCAGCUAAUAGCCCAAUACGCCCAGAAGGGGACUGAUUUUGAGAUCGGGGUCGACGAUUUGUACGAUGCAAUUGAUUUUGAGGACGACAAGCAGAUAGUACGUGGAGGCGCCCUUGUCAUUGAUCAAUCGUCAAGUAUAAUUGAGCUCAAUCCGGCAGAUCUAAAUGCCAACGAUGGUUACCAGUCACAAAAGCGUGCCCGUCUUGACAUUAACUAUGCCAUCGGGCCAGCUGGCGAGUUGGAGCAGCAGUAUGGUCAAAAGGUAAAGGUGCAGCAAGUGUUGCAACAACAGCUUCCUACGUACAAUCGUAGAAAAAUGCCACUGGUGAAUCGAAUUAUAUAAAGGAACAAAUCAGAAGCGUACACUUUAUUUUAAGCAGUAUGCACUAGUGUUAGAUUUACUUUUUAGGGAACUCCCGUCAGUUACGCUUAAUUAAUGUUAAGUUGAUUUCUGUGUGAACAUGAAAUAUCUUUCAAUUCUGUUGAUUCCAAAUAAGUUUGUUAUUCAAUUUAAUUGUUUAGAACAUAGUUUUCGCACCGUAGCUUAAUGCAGUAAAGUCAAAUAAAUGUUUACGUAAUCAAACAUUAAACUUGUAAGAAUUCCCUUUCCACUAUUGACGCAACAUUUUAAAGUUCAGUUCAAAAUUUUGACAUAUUGGGACCACCCUCAAUCCAUACGAUGUAAUUGUUUAAAUUCCCAUUGUGUAUAUUGUUUUCCAUUUUCUUGACAAUGAUGAUAAUAUUUUCGAAUUUGA